AUGUCCCUGAAGACUCCAACUCAGCCUAAUACCGAAAAGAAGGUUCAUACUCCACCGAGUAUAGGACGCGACCCUGGAAAACCUAAAUUAUUGAAAAGUUUAUCUGGAAAGGUUUUCAAGAGAUCCUCGAACUCCGAUAGUGAUACAUUGCCAUCUAGCGGGCUGUUUGUGCCAGCCCCAAGUCUUUCUAGUAGGUAUCCUCUACCCAAGCCUUUGAAUAUCCCCCAGCCUUUAUCUCCUCCACCGAGUGUCAAGAAAACAUGUCAAUGGUCGCCUGGCUCUCGGUCCAGUUUUCCGCAUACGGCGCAAGGAAAUCGAAGCCAUGACGUUUUGGAGUCCCCCAUUCAGCUUGCUCCCUCCCUCAAGAUACAAGCUUUGGAAAAACCACUGGAUUCUUUCAAUCUUACUACAGCAUUUAAUUCAGCAUAUCGGUCGGAGCAAGGGAGAGAGGUUAGUCCGCAUGACAAUACCAUCAUCUGGACAGAUACCCUCGAUGAUCCAUAUCUGGAAGAGGAUUCACCGACGUAUCUCACGUCUAUUUCUCAGAACAUCUCUAAAACCAGUGCAAAGGCAGGUCAUCGAACGUUCAUUGGCCUCCGGUGUUCCAUGUGCGAUGAGAAAAUAUGUAAUACGCUUUCGGGUGAAAAGAUCACGGAACUUACUUGCUCUCACGCAAGUCAUUAUCAAUGUUACCUUGCCACAUUAGAAUGUCUUCAACCGGCCAAGAGGUAUCCGGAGUGCAGGAUAUGUGGGAAGACUGUGAAACCAAGCGAUAAGAGCACCUGGGAAAAAAUGGUAACGCAUCUUUUGUCAAGAAAAGGCUCUUAUGACUGCUCAGAAACCGUUGUUGAACCCCAAUUGCUAUAUUCCAAGCAACCGACAACAGCUUCGCAGCACGCAUUCUUUACGCCUGGGGAGCAAAUCAUUCGCACAGCUGACAUCUCAUCAAGCGGUUUUCGAACGCCGUAUGGGCCCCUCAGGUCAGCUUCUGAUGCUUGUUGGAAUACCUGUACAGAGUCUUAUGAUGCGCUAUUUCAACAUAGUAUCUGGCUCGAAGAAACUUUGCUCGGCGACGACGGGCAAGCUGAUCCGAAGGGAGAUGAAGGACACGACGCAAGUGGCUUGGGGCCGCAGAUUGAAGUGCUCGCGGGCCGACGCGAUUCAGAAUAUGGAAUCACAGUUAGGGUACCGAAAGAGUCGGGGCGGGAAAGUCAUCAGACUCAAGAAUGUGAUGAUUUUGCAAGCCAGAGAGAAGCUCUUAAACAGCGGAUCGAGGAAUCAGUCAAGGACGAAUUGGACAACGAUACCCAAUUGGGAUCAUUGGUAAUGUUUGAUAGAGGCGACUUCUCUACAGAUGGAGAGCGAUGGAACAAGGAUGUUACACUUUAUCUGUUCGAUCAAUUCCUCAUCUUGUUCGAUCGGCAAGCAUUAACUGUUAGUGGUAAGAUACCAUUGGGACAAAUAUGCCAGGUUCUUAAGUUGGAUGAGUCCACUUUGCUUAUCGACCUCAAAAGCCGCACUUUACCUCAAAUGUAUAUGUCGUUUCCACCGAAGGGAAUGAAGAACUCACAACUUGAAAAAUGGAGGUUCUACUUGGGACAUAUUGGAAGCGGACCGUCACUGGAAGAUAUCACAAGGACAUGUUGGGAUGUCUUGCCCGAGGAACUUGUUGGGGAGCUUAAUGCAUUCUUUGAGCAGGCGAAUGAAUCCACUGCUGAUGCAGGUUUGGCACUUUCGAAACCUUGGGAGACAUUACAGACACAUGUGCCCUUGCAGCUCAUAGUAUGCUUGAGCCUCUCAAACGACUCUGGUAUGAAAAAUGAAGACUAUCAGCAUUCAAUAAUCAAACUUCUGAAGUGUCUGUUAAACGCACUCAACGACGAUGAUCUUCUCGGCCUAGUGGCGGUCGGAAAAGACGGCAGAGGUAACAUUGGUCGGUUUGGAACGUUUUUCGGAACAGUCAACAAGCAUUGGCCCUACUGGAAUGAAGCUUUCAGCGAUCUAGAAGCGUCAAAACAUAGGAUUUUUGAUUCCGCAGACAGUGAACUAGACAAAAUGCUUGAAACUUGUCUGCGCCUCGUGAGCACCGCAGAGUCCAUGCUAGAACAAGACAAGAGCGCACAGUUCUCAAAACAAGUAAUCCUCUUACGAGACGGAACGCCCGCGAAAAACGACCACAAAUACGGAAGACUAAUCACCGAAGUCCACAAUUUCAAUCUAAUGCAAAUCCAAUCCAUCAACAGUUUAAGUCAGGACGAGCUAACCUCGGUGAUAGAUAUCUUGCAUCGGAGUUACCUGAGAAAUUUGACAGUAACAUAUGCCAAUGAAAAACUCCUAUUCGGCAACAUGGCCCCGGGAGCGGAGAAAAAACUACCAUUUAAGUUAGAUCAUGAAAGCAUACCGGAAUCGUGCGAAAUCUCAUGGAUCGAUUCCAGGACUCAAGAAGCUAACGUCGUCACCACACAAGUAACCAAUAUCUGA